AUGUCCCUUAACAUACCGCCUCGACCACCCCUGACCAACGCUAGUAGCGACAACCUCGUAAAGGACUUGCCAGGAUACACCACUCCGGUCUUCGCGGGCAAAGAUGCACAACGCAAACAAGUAGAGGCUGAAGUUGGCAACACGGGAUUCAUUCCUGGGCCACUCGUUGCCGGCGAGGUUUCGUGGUUCUACACUAGCCUUGGUAUCGAUGACACGUACUUCGCGAACGAGUCGGCUGCCGUCAUCUCCGACCACAUCAUUGCGCUCUAUGCUGCCAAGAUUCAGGCUUAUACGAAGCACAACGCGGACAGCCUCGUCAUCGACUUGGAGAAAAUCACAGAGGGAAAGGGCGCGACAUUCAUCCAUACGAGCCCACCAGGAGUAACGACGACCGAUGGCCCAGGCUCCAUCUGCGAGACUCGUAUCGAUGAUCUCUUCCUUGAUACCGACACCCCAUAUCGACUGGAAACAUAUCGUUCCCUUGGUUCUGUCAGUGCCACUGCCUCCCAACAGCUUCGCUGCUACUUUGUUUCCAAAUGCAACUUCCCCCCAUUGCCCAAGGAAGAGACGGACGACAUUCGUGCUUAUUCCGACCCCAUCUUCCUUGAAAAGGCGUCAGAAAACACGCUCCAGAUUUACCAGAACGCCAUGAAGACCGUGAAAGCGCGUCGUUACGGCCCAGUACUCAAUCACUUCCAAGUUGAAGGCACUCGCCAACAUCGUCUGGUCAUCGCCUACGACUCUCACAAGGGGAAAACACGCCACUUCUUCUCCGCCCUGUCCAAUCUCUACCACUACUACGCGCUCUAUUCCGUCCGGAAAUACGUUGAGCAGUUCAGCAACGGGAUUACCAUCAUAUCGCUAUAUCUCAACCCUCUUCCUGGCGCUCAUGGUGCCCCUCCCAUCGAGCAUUCGAUCUAUCAAGUGAUGAAGGAGGCCAGCUUACUCUUUUGCCUUCCAGAUAACCCUUUCUUCCUUCCGAAGGCGCCGGGCAGUCACGCAGUUCAGGAGGCAACAUAUGCAUAUUGUGGUUGGAUCUUCGCACAACACUUCUGCAAUCGCCUCGGCCCUGCUUAUCUUGCGCUUCUUAAUGUCCUCAAUGCUGACGACCCCGCUCACGCUGAGGUGCUCGCCGCCGUCCAACGUCGAUUCCGUGAAGAGACUUUCACGCGUGAAAGUAUUGCCAACGUCAUCACGGCUUACCCAGACCUUAUUCGUCUGCUCUAUGUUAACUUUGCGAUGGCUCACUACCCCGAGAGUGUUGGCCAGGGACUGGGUGGUCCGACACUGAGCUAUCAACGCCUACAAACGGUUCAGCCGCUGACCGACGAAGAGCUACACGACAAGUUAAGGAGAUCUGUACCCAACAAGCAUGAACUGCAAGUCUUGGAGAGCUUCCUUAUCUUCAACAAACAUGUUCUCAAGACGAACUUUUAUCAGCCAACCAAGGUCGCACUGUCCUUCCGUCUUGCGCCAGACUUCCUACCAGAGGUUGAAUACCCCAGGAAGCCAUUUGGGAUGUUUUUCGUAAUCGGCAAUGAAUUCCGUGGUUUCCACAUUCGUUUCCGAGACGUUGCUCGCGGUGGCAUCCGGAUUGUCAUGUCCAGGAACAAGGAGAAUUACUCCAUCAACCAGCGGCAACUCUUCGACGAAAACUACGGUCUGGCUUCAACACAAUCGCUGAAGAAUAAGGAUAUUCCUGAAGGAGGCGCAAAGGGAACCAUUCUUCCCUCCCUCGGUGCCAACCCACGUGCCUGCUUCGAAAAAUAUGUUGAUUCUAUCAUCGAUCUCCUGAUUCCUGGUCAAUCCCCUGGCAUUAAAGAGCCUAUUGUCGAUCUCUAUGGGAAGCCUGAGUUGCUGUUCUUUGGACCUGACGAAGGGACGGCAGACAUGAUGGACUGGGCAGCGAUCCAUGCCCGCGAUCGGGGAGCGGAAACAUGGUGGAAGUCAUUCACAACUGGCAAGUCUGCCGAAACAUUAGGUGGUGUGCCGCACGACCGAUACGGCAUGACGAGUUUGUCCAUUCGACAAUACGUUCUCGGAAUUUACAAACAACUUGGGUUGCGGGAGAAGGAUAUCACUAAAGUUCAGACUGGUGGUCCAGAUGGCGACUUGGGCUCCAACGAAAUCCUCCUCUCCUCGGAUAAGACUGUGGCUGUCAUUGACGGCUCUGGUGUGCUUGCUGACCCGGCGGGUAUCAAUCGCGAAGAGCUUAUCCGUCUGGCGAAGCUGCGCAUCCCGGUUGGCAACUUCGACAAGAGCAAGCUCGGGAAGGAUGGCUACCUUGUCAAGGUCGAGGAGCACGAUGUCAAGUUGCCAUCUGGCGAGGUUGUUUUGGACGGUACUGAUUUCCGGAAUGCCGCCCACCUUCGGUUCAAGGCGGAUCUUCUUGUUCCUUGCGGUGGUCGACCGGAAGCGGUCAAUAUCUCGAAUAUGGCUGCUCUUGUGGACAGCGAGGGCAAACCACACUUCAAGUAUAUUGUUGAGGGUGCCAACCUGUUCGUGACACAACAAGCACGUCUGUACUUGGAGAAGCGCAAGGUUGUGCUAUUCAAGGAUUCCAGUGCCAACAAGGGUGGUGUCACUAGCUCCUCGUUGGAAGUCCUCGCGGGACUUGCACUGUCAACAGAGGAGUAUGUUGACCUUAUGAUCUUUAAGGAUGGCAAGCCCACCGAGUUCUACGAAAACUACGUGAAAGAUGUCCAGACGAAGAUCACGGAAAAUGCUGCUGCCGAAUUCACCUGUAUCUGGCGAGAACAUGCAAGACUGGGAGGCUCCAAGCCACGCACAGUCAUCUCGGACGAGUUGAGCUCAACGUUGAACAACCUCCAGGCCGAAUUGGAAAGCUCAGAUUUGUUCGACGAUGUUCCGAGUCGGGAGGGCGUUAUCCGCCGAGCCGUGCCGAAAACAUUGGUCGACAAGAUUGGGCUGGAAACGUUGUUGAAGCGCUUACCGGAGCCAUAUCAAAGAGCGUUGUUUUCCAGCUGGGUGGCCUCCCAUUUCAUCUACAAAUAUGGUGUGAACGCCUCGAGUGUCGAUUUCUUCCAUUUCGCGCGGAACUUGGCCCAGAAAAAUUAG